CUGAUUCUGGUGUGGUCGAAUUUUGGAAAAAUCUCCUUGACGCAAGAAUAAUCUUCCCGAUACCACAAGAUUUUGAGGAUGCUGAAUUAAAUGCUCUGGAUUCUUACUCUACGAUUAAAGAUAAUCAGAUUUGCCUAAAUAAAAGUGUGAUUAUUGAUUCAGAUGGCAUGCUAUACGAAAAUGGAGAAUGUACCGGCGUGCUAUUGCCGUCAAUUUUGAUCGAUAACUUUGGAAAAAUGCUGUGUCUACCGGAUGGUGUAUUCUUUCUGGGAGAUGAGGAUAAUGGGUCGAAGCUUCUUAUACGACCCUGUUAUCUGCAAUUAUGUGAAUUAAUUGAAAAUGAUCGUGAAAAAGGUGGCCCGGCCUCUGCUGGUUGUGCGAUUACUGGUACGCCCG